UUGUUUAAGGGUUUUUACUCGGUGUACAAAAACGUUUUUGACACUUUGGCUCAUGAAGACUAUGAUUUUAUCGAGGAUCCUACUGUACACUAUCCAACUUUUGGCGACGCAUCCUCUGAUUACGAUACGGUGACGGGUCCUUUUUAUGGCUUCUGGAGCUCAUUUUGUACAGCUCGAUCGUUUGCUUGGCUGGAUAAAUAUGAUGUACGACAAGCGAAUAACAGAUAUGAGUUACGGCAAAUUGAAGCCGAGAACAAGAAGUACCGAGAAGCUGGCAAAGCUGAGCGAAAUGAGCAAGUUAGGGAGUUGGUUGCAUUUGUCAGGAAACGUGAUCCUCGCGUUAAGGCUUAUAGGGAACUCUUAGAAAAGCGGCAAGAAGAGGCCAAAAGGAAGCAGGAAGAAAACCGCAAACAGCAGAUUCUGCGAAAUCAGCAGCUCCUGUCGGCUUUCCAUGAGAAUGAACACGCUGUCGCGGCUCAUCGGGCACAUAUGGAAGAACUAACACAACAAUUAGCUGAUGAUGAGACGUGUAGUGAAGUAGAGGACGAAGAUGGAGAAGCACUACCGUAUUGCGUUGUCUGCGAUAAGUCUUUCAAAACUUUGAAUGCAAAAAUUAACCACGAGAACUCAAAACAGCAUCGAAAGCAGCUUGCUGAGCUAAAGAAACAUAUGAAGGAAGAGGACCAUGCACUCUUUGAAGAACAGGAAGCCGCGGCUGCUGAGCUCUCUCCGCAGAAACCUGAAGAUAGAAAGGGCAAAAAGGCAAAACGAAGAGCAAAGAAGAAAAUGGUAUGGGAUGAGGAGAGUGAUGCGGAAGCAGGCGAUGCUGGAGAAAGUCCAAAAGAAGAUGAAGCUAAAACGUAA